UGGUUUAGUCACUGAGGUCCCUGGGAUUCGGCAGACUAGAACAUCAACAAUACCCUGUGGCACUUUCUCUCCUUGCCCCUGCCCAAGGUGCCGGCCUUCUCAAAGGCAGACGCAAGAGAAGCCGGAGGUGCAGAGCUGGUGAAGAUGGACAUCCUUGCAUUCUCCACUGAGACUUGGACUCUUCUCCUCCUAUUUGUAGGCCUCCUGAUGCUAUAUGGGAUCUGGCCCUAUGGCAUCUUCAAGAAGCUGGGCGUCCCAGGACCAACACCCAUCCCUUUCUUGGGCACUGCCAUAGCCUAUCGCAAUGGAAUAACGGAGUUUGACACAGAGUGUUUUAAAAAAUAUGGGAAAAUGUGGGGGUUUUAUGAUGGCCGGUCGCCCGUCCUGGCUAUUACUGAUCCAGCCAUAAUUAAGGUUGUACUGGUGAAAGAGUGCUACUCUGUCUUCACCAAUCGGCGGAGCUUUGGUCCAACAGGUAAGUUGGAAACUGCUGUUUCGGUAGCUAAAGAUGAGAUUUGGAAGAGGAUCCGCACUGUCCUCUCACCCACUUUCACUAGUGGGAAGCUCAAGGAGAUGUUUCCCAUCAUCAAGCACCAUGUGGAAAGCCUAGUGACACAACUCCAGAAGAAAGCCAAAAGAGAAGAGCUUGUGGACAUCAAAGAUAUAUUUGGAGCCUACAGCAUGGACGUGGUGACCAGCACCUCCUUUGGGGUGAACACAGACUCCAUGAACAACCCCAAAGACCCUUUUGUGAAGGAGGCAAAGAAACUAGUGAAGUUUGACCUGUUCUCCCCACUCUUCAUUUUAUUAUAUAUCUUUCCAUUCAUAAGUCCUCUUCUGAACAAGAUGAAUGUGCACAUAUUCCCCAGUGAGUCUGUAGACUUCUUUUCAAGGGCGAUCACAAAAAUAAAGAAGGAUCGGGAACAAGGGACAGGAAAGGACAGAGUGGAUUUCUUGCAACUGAUGAUCGACUCCCAAAAGUCAGAUACACAAUAUGAGAGCGAUGGCGUGAAGCACACCUACAAAGCUUUAACCGAGGAAGAGAUAAUGGCACAAGCAGUUAUAUUCAUAUUUGCAGGCUAUGAAGCCACCAGCAAUAUCCUCGGCUACAUAGCUUAUGAGUUAGCUAUCCAUCCGGAUGUUCAGCAAAAACUGCAGGACGAGGUUGAUGCUGUCCUGCCUAAUAAGGCUCCAAUCACCUACGAUGUCGUCAUGCAGAUGGAAUAUCUUGACAUGGCCACCAGUGAAAUCCUCCGGAUGUACCCAGUUGGUGGGCGAAUCGAAAGGACCUGCAAGAAAGAUGUGGAGAUCAGUGGAAUCACCAUUCCAAAAGGCAUGACAGUCAUGAUUCCACCGGGAGUAUUACACUAUGAUCCAACAUAUUGGCCAGAACCCAAAGAAUUUAGGCCUGAAAGAUUCAGCAAAGAGAACAAAGAGAGUAUAAACCCCUAUAUUUACCUGCCUUUUGGAACUGGUCCCAGGAACUGCAUUGGGAUGAGGUUUGCUCUUCUUACUAUAAAGGCUGCUGUUGCUAGCAUGAUGCAGCAUUUCACCUUGAAGCCCUGCAAGGAAACACAGAUCCCACUGGUGCUGACUUCAACAGGACUGAUACGACCCAGAGAUCCCAUCAUCUUGAAAGUAAUCUCCAGAACUAGCUCUACACAGUAAUGGAGGUUUUCCAGUGGAGUUCCAUUGCUUCAGCUAUGCCGAGAGAUUUGUGUUUAGCAUAUUGCCACUGUGAACCAUUUGUAGAAUAUGAAAUUGUUUGGGCUUUAUUUGUAUAAAGACUUCUAGCUCUUCCCGUGUGUUUACCGGUUCAGGAAGUAUGGCUAUGAUCACCAAUAUGGCUGAUCCAGGAAGCAAAUGCUCUCACUCUAAAUUUGCUUUGUUUGCUUCAGUGACACCAGGAUGCAGUGAAAUCUAAUUUGUUACAUGGGUCCCUGAUUGGCUGGGUUUACUUUCUGAAGAAAGAAGUCCCAAAUAAGAAGAAAAAAAUGAUGCUGAGGAAGCAGAUUAUUGGGGGGGGGGAGAGAGAUGGGAAAUGGCAGGAAACAUGUACAAAAGUAGCCUUGGAGACAAUUUUAUUUAACAAUUAUUUUAGCCCCCUCAUCAAAAGUGCUAGUACUUUCCUCCAAAACUGGAAUUGAUGCACAUUCAGCACAACUAUAUUUCAUGUCAUUGGUAAUACACAUAUGUGAGUACACACACACACACACAGAGGGGGGUGGGAUAGGGGUGGGGGUAGGGGGGGCACAGACGGGGCAAAGGACAUUUGUGGCAGAAAGGUGCAAGGUCCUGGUCCCCUACUGCUGCUCCUAUUCUUAUUUCAUGACUAAAGUUACUUACAUAUGAGUUUGGACUGAAUUCAGGUACAGGCAUCCCUAGAUGAAUACUCUCAUCAACUAACUUCAUGGUGGCAUAAGAACAAAGGGAGGCUCAUAACAGCAAUUGUGGUGGAAGAGCCCGAGAGAGAGAGAGUUUAUGCACAUAAUCACUGAAGAACAGCAAGAACCUAAUAUAGGUAAACUAAUAUUUUUAAAGUACUUUAAUUGAUUUUUGUGUUAAUAAAAUGUGAUUUUAUAAAAUUGAAAA